AUGGCCUUCUCUCUGGUGCCGGACAUCCAAGGAGGUGUGCUCCUUCUUUCUGACAAAGGGGAAUCAGGCUCUCUAUGGCAAUAUCUGCAGCAUGUUUCUGGUGCCGAUGGUAGUAUCUCCAUACGGUAUGAAUGGAGCGCUUAUCUGAAACUUAGGAGACAUAGGUUCAGUGAAAGUCUUGUUCAGCAUUCCUUCUUCUCGAUGGAAGGCAACAAUGGUGGUGGUGUGGAUGGAAAACCGUUGUUCGAUGGGUUGUCAACUGUGAAGGUGCUUACUGCUGAUAUUUCGGAGCUGCACUAA